AUGGCUAAAGAAGACCACAUUUACCGUCUGAACCAUGUGCUCAAUACGCUUUUCCGGUUCAAUCUGCAUCAAUUGGAUCCCUGUAAACUCAAGUCAGCUAUCGAGUUGGCUGAUUUCCUGUUUGACCAUGCUGGUUUAGACUACCGCAAUUUACCUCGACCUAUCUUUUUUGGACCCACGCAUCAACCAAGUAUGUAUCCCGCUUUACUCUUGUUACUCCAUCAACCCCGACCUACCAAGUUUAAGCCAAUGUGUUUUAAUUGUAAUACGAAACCUGCUUCUAGACGUCGUCUUUGUGUUGCCUGUUACCGGUAUCAACUCAAGCAUGGUGAACCUAGACCUUUACGUCUGAUUGUUGCCAAUCGACCUGGUCCUCGUAUGACAGAGACAAAAGGGCUGCCUAUGGUGUUUUAUUCGCCUCGAUCACCUAAACCCCAAGACAAGUUCUGUGCCAACUGCAAAGUACGGGAAACACAUCAAUGGUAUCGCAAUUUAUGUGGUCAUGGACAUUGGUGUGAAACAUGUAAAAGUUAUUAUUUGCGUCACACAAAAAUCAGACCACCCGAGCUCUUUGUGAAGGCUGCCAAACGUAAAGUAGAUGUCCGCACCUUGGUUGAUUGGAAUACAUGGUCUUGGGAUGAUAUUCCGCUUGAAACGAUUGAAGCUGCUACUGCUGCUAUGUUCAAUAGUACAUCACUUUCAACUUCAAGAAGAAAUUCUUAUUAUUCCUCUAGUUCAUCUUCACCUUCUUCUUUAUGGUAA